AGACCCUUCACCUCUUUCGAGACAGACAUCGCAACAGCACGGACACCGAUACCCUUUCUUUCAGUCGGUGGUAAACAACCCCAUAUUAUCCCUCCCUGCGAUCCUCCUUCGUUUCCUUGCUGCAUACCCGCACUCCCUUUUCUUCUUUUUUUCUUCUUACCCGAACAGUCUCCAAACAAAUCUUCGACCUGGCCGCCAUUCUUCCCAGUCUAGUCUAGGGCUUCAGAAGCAACACUCAAGACAAUAGUUGGACUUGGCCGACAAGCUUUGACCAUUACCGACGUGAAAUAACUAUCUACCUACCAUAUCGACUUUCCAGGAUCGAUCAUAUCUCGGAGCUACUUCGCUUGCACCUGGCGUAAGCUACCCGGAAUCCGAGCAGUUGCCAACGCUGGUUGCCAGUUACCGUACAGCGCCAACCCAAAAUCCAAAGCGUCUGUCGGUUCGCUGUGGUGCUGAGGUCGAUGUCGACGGGGUUUUGUCACGAAUUACAAUAGGUCUUUCAACGGGAGGUGUUGAAGGACUAACCGGGAGACACAAAUCAGCAUGGCCGAUAGGCAGUCGAGCUUCCUGCCGACGAUAAAAUGUUCGUCAUGUGGCAAUCAGAUUGAAAUCUCCAUGAUGGGGGAGCACAUCUGCGGAGGGGCAGGUGGUUCGGAUUCAUCGAGUACUCCCCCUCUAGAUAAAAUCGAUGAGACUUUUAUGCCAUUUAACAAAUCAGUACACGAAAAGAUUGGCCGAGUUCCACCUCCACCAAAGGUCGAUACUUUGGCAGCAAACCGCACCUAUUACCGAGCCGGGCAACUAACACCUGUCAGCAACUCCAGCGGCUCAGCCUCUCGUAGCGGAUCACCUCUCACGCCUACUGGUCGGGUACCAGGGCGCUCCGAAGACUAUUUUACACCAAAAAUCGCCAACGAAUAUGACUCGGCUUCUCCACGGAAUCAGCCACGGCGGCCUGGGGGUUAUGGGGGCAUGGACGAUGUCGAAGACGAUAUGUACUCUAACAACUCUCCCAAGAAACAACCUUCAAGUUUGUUGUCUCGUAUGAAUACUAUUGCCCCCGGUCCUUUUGAGUCGAAGAGGCCGGCUGCGGCCAAGAAUGCCUUCGCUCCCAGAUCAAACGAGCCGGAAGAUGCCUACAACGACCGACCCGUGACCUCAAACUCGAAUAGAAGCUUUGGGAACAACCAACCUCCAAAGAUGCCGAGGAAGAACGGUUACGGCGGGUUUGGCCCUCCCCAAAGGUCGCCGGGUGAAUAUGAACCCGAGCCACCAAGUGCAAUCAGCAGAUCUGGGACCUUUCCGCGGGAGAACGACCCAAUGGAAGCACCUCUGCGUACCCCAUCUGCCCCUGGUCCUCGACCGGACCGGUUACGACGGUCGACGGACGAGGCGAAUGAAAGGCUCAUAGAUCGAGACAACAGGGGGCGUCAAACCAACGAAAUGUAUGGGACAAGGACCUCAAUAACACGCGAUACCUCCAGGCCGCCGCCACCGAGGACCAGCCUCCUCAACCGACCACCCACCCGUGACGGUGGUGGUCUCCCCAACGCCGUUGACCUGGCCAGUGAGUUUGGCGUUGGGAACCCAUACCAUAGUUCGAACGUUUCCAUGUCCUCGAGCGCAUCAGCCUCGAGUCGCGCCGAAUCUCGCCGUCCUAGCCAACCAAGCUCGCAGACUAGCCCCGCUCGCUCGCUCAGGGCUCGUUCAGCCAGAAAGCCAUCGGAUACUUCCGACAUCGACAGCUUGAUGCAGGAUCUCCAAUCAUCAAUGCUGAGCGAUACACAGUCUCGGGAUCUCCCCCGUUCAUCGCCGGAACCACUUGCCAUGAAUUCAGGAUCCCUCCGCAACCAGUCUCGGCCGAGCCCGCCACCGAUGAAGACUCCGCCACUGGACGGCCCAAGCCAAAGAGAGGCGAUGGACCGCGGAAUGGACAGGGGUCGCCAGUGGGGUGAAGCUCAAAACUCAUCCCCUCGCUAUGCCUCUCCUGAGCGUAGGCGUGAGCCAGCCAGAGCGCCGUCUCGACCAGGACUUCGCAGCCAGUCCAGGGGCCGGGUGCCAGUAAAUCGCGGUAACUGCAAGGCUUGUCGGGAACCCAUCACAGGCAAGAGCAUCUCGAGCGCAGAUGGUCGGCUCACGGGCAGGUACCACAAGGCAUGCUUUGUGUGCGCCACUUGCCGCGACCCGUUUCCUUCUGCGACAUUCUACGUUCACGAUGACAAGCCUUACUGCGAGCAACAUUAUCACGAGAAGAACGGUAGUCUCUGCGGAAGCUGCGGCAUCGGAAUCGAGGGCCAGUACUUGGCCGACGAAGCAGAGGAGAAAUUCCACCCAAGAUGCUUCAGAUGCAGCGAUUGUGGCCAAAUCCUUGACGAUGGCUAUUUUGAUGUCAAUGGGAGGCGGUACUGCGAGCGCGAUGCCUUGAGGCGCGUCCAGCCACCGCCAUCCUGGGGACCCCCCAGCAGAACGGGGACUCCGAGCAACCUAGGACCCAGGGGACCUCCGAGCAUGCGAGGAUCCUCAGGACUCGGGCCUGGGCUCCAACCAGGCGGUCCUAAAGGCUAUCCUGCACCUGGGGGUCGACCGGGACGGCCUAUGGGAGGGCCUCCCAACAGUAGCAGGCUGGGCCCAGGCCCGCGACCACGGAUGGAGAAGCGUAUGACUAGACUUGGCAUGAUGUAAAUGCCCUCCAAACCUCUAUGCACUCCAUCCCCACACUCUACUAUUCUCUGAUAUAUAAACGACAUGGAUCAUUUGCUUUGUUUACAGCGAAGAACGUUUUGUCGAUGUUUUGGGUCUGUACUGCGCUUUUGAUCUGUUCACCCCUAUUUGCUGUGCUUACCCGCACAUCGGCUUUACGGUCCAGCCCAUGCCGCCAGGACCGUUCAGGAUACCCAUUUGCUAUAUACCCUUCAUUUACUCAUUAUAUAUUUUAUGUCUACUUUGUUAUAAUCUUCCUCUUAUUUUUUCCGUGUUUAUGUGAUUCAUAUAGAGUCCGGGAGGGGAAGACGAUGGGAAUUGGGCGGAAAUCAUGGUGAUGACGCAAGGGGAAUGGGGUUCUUUCUUUGGGGAACAGGCUUUGAUCAUGCAUGUCGAUGCUGGGGAGGACGACUAUAGGGCUGCAUAAGUCUCCACUUGAGGCUCAGCCAUGCCACCACUUUAUUAUGUACGGCAGAGACGUUAUGCCGACAAAUUCAAGCAAGCCACUUAACAUUUUCACUAUACAUGUUAGUAGUACAUGGCGUACCCAGCCUUAAUAAUUAAUCUAGAGUACUAGAAAUCUGGGAAUCUUCUACCACGUACAGCCCUUGAGUCUACAGUACAAUAAACUUUUGCAUGCACGCUCCUGACGCGCAUUUGUUUUGACGACGG